AACCAACAAUUUGCGUGCUUGUCUUGUUCUUCUCUACCCUAAGCAAAACCAGAAGCUGUUGUCAGAGCAGAGGAGAAUAUAUUUAAAAAAAAAAAAAAAAAUGAUGUAUGGAGCAAAUGGCGUUGCUUGGGUACAAGACAGAGAAGAACAAGACUCGGUUUCAGCUUCAUUUGCUACAAACUCAAACCCCAACAUCAACACUGACGAAUUGAGCUGUGUGUCAGCGUGUGCUUUCAAACCCAUGCUUGAGUUCAAUGAAGAAUGGUGCGUGGCCAAUAACAAUACCCAAAAUCACCCAUAUAUUAAAGACAACAAUAUGGCCUUCUCUUCCAACUUUGCUGCUGACUCAGAUAAUCUUAAUCUAUUGCUCCCCACAUUGGAUUCUUCCUCUUCCACUCUGUUCAGCAACUUUUCUUCUCUUCUUAGUACCAUGAUCCCUACCACGCAUGGCUUUGACAUGGGUUGCGAGGUUGGGUUUCUAGACCCUCAAUCUUCUACUACUACUACUACUACUACUGUUACUACUUCCAAAGUUAUGAACCAAGGUGCUGGCUUCUCGUGUGCCUUCAGUAACUUAAGCUCAAAUAACCAUUUAAUGCCACAAAACAGUGUUGGUUUUUCUGGUUUCAACAACUUUGAGGAGGGUUCUUCUGGAAAGAUACUGAGACCCCUCGAAUCGUUGCCUCCAUCGGGUGCAAGGCCAACUCUUUUUCAGAAGAGAGCAGCAUUUCGUAAAAACUUGACAGAGGAAAGGAAUGAUAAGAAAAGGAAGAGGAGUUAUGGAGAAGAUGUAGAAGAUGGAAGUUUUGAUGGUUCGGGAUUAAAUUAUGAUUCUGAUGAGAUGAAUAAUGAUGAAAGUGAUAACAAUAAGAAUAUUGGUGGAAACAGCACAAUCACAGGAGGGGAUCAGAAAGGGAAGAAGAAGGGAAUACCAGCUAAGAAUUUAAUGGCCGAACGCCGCAGAAGGAAGAAGCUCAAUGAUAGACUCUAUAUGCUGAGAUCCAUUGUUCCAAAUAUUAGCAAAAUGGACAGGGCUUCAAUCCUUGGGGAUGCAAUUGAGUAUUUGAAGGAACUUAUGCAGAGGAUCAGUGACCUUCACAACGAAUUGGAGUCAACACCAGCUGGCUCUUCAGUGACACCAGCUUCGAGCUUGCAUCCUUUGACACCAACUACUCUAUCUACGCUACCAGGUCGUAUGAAAGAAGAACUUUACACAAGCUCAUUGCCAAGCCCAAAUGGCCAACCUGCCAGGGUUGAGGUUCGGUUGCGGGAAGGAAGAGCUGUGGACAUCCACAUGUUUUGUAGCCGCAAACCGGGUUUGUUGCUGUCAACGAUGAGGGCUUUGGAUAACCUUGGGUUAGAGAUCCAGCAGGCUGUUAUCAGCUAUUUCAAUGGAUUUGCUAUGGAUAUUUUUCGAGCUGAGCAAUGCAAAGAAGGUCAGGAUAUCUAUCCGGAGCAAAUCAAAGCAGUACUAUUGGAUUCAGCUGGCUUCCAUAACAUGACCUAGUUUUUUUGGAAGAAACAAACUGCUUGCUCCCAAAUCCAAUUAGCAAUUUUAAUCGGGUUUUGAUGCCCAACAAUUCAAGUGUACGAUACUGGAUCUGUUAACUUCCGCUUUAGUUGAAUUGAGAAAAAUUUCCACAUGCAUUUUACCAAUUAAAAGCACUACUGUCUACAACUGUUUAGCAACUUUUGCAUUUUCAUGUUGAAACGAAAAGUUUCUGAUGGUCUCCACUUAGUUUAGCAACAUUCUA